GCAAAUUUAAGGGUGAACAAAUCUGGUGAGUCGAGAACUGUACAACGUAGAGUUGGUCAAUUCAACAGAAUCAUUCUCAGUCUCUCCUCUCGUUUUUGGGUUUUUCAUCAAUGGCGGCCAUUUCUUCUCUCUGCUUCGACUCUUGUCUUUCCUCUAAAUCUUAUUCCUUCUCCGCUAACUCUCUAAGCGGUUCUCCUCGUUUCUCCGCAAACUUCUUUCCAUCUUCUUCACUUAAUCGCCGCAAUGUUUCUUGCCAAACUUCAUCUCUCGCUUCAUCUCCACCUUCCGUCGAUUCUCAAUUGAACGAAUACAAAAAGGAUUUUCUGCAUAUAACGGACUAUGAUAAGGCUACAAUUUUGAAGAUUUUGGACCGUGCAAUAGAGGUUAAGGCUUUACUCAAAACUGGUGACAGGUCUUUUCAGCCAUUUAAAGGAAAGUCUAUGGCAAUGAUAUUUGCAAAGCCAUCCAUGCGAACACGAGUGUCAUUUGAGACGGGAUUUUUCAUGUUGGGAGGCCAUGCAAUAUACUUGGGACCUGAUGAUAUUCAAAUGGGCAAGCGAGAGGAAACUCGAGAUGUUGCUCGUGUACUUUCUCGCUAUAAUGACAUUAUUAUGGCGCGCGUCUUUGCACAUCAGGAUAUUCUUGAUCUAGCUAAGUAUUCAAGUGUUCCUGUAGUCAAUGGGCUCACUGAUUACAACCACCCUUGCCAAAUUAUGGCCGAUGCUCUCACCAUCAUUGAACACAUUGGUGGCAUAGAAGGAACCAAGGUUGUUUAUGUUGGAGAUGGCAACAAUAUUGUGCAUUCUUGGUUGCUGUUGGCAGCAGUUAUUCCUUUCCAUUUUGUAUGUGCAUGCCCAAAGGGCUUUGAACCUGAUCAGAAGACGGUGCAAAUGGCACAACAAGCAGGCAUCAGCAAAAUUGAGAUAACUAAUGAUCCCAAAGAAGCUGUUAUUGGUGCAGAUGUAGUGUACUCUGAUGUUUGGGCCAGUAUGGGGCAAAAGGAAGAAGCCGAGUAUCGUAGAAAAGUUUUCCAAGGAUUUCAGGUGGAUGAGGCCCUAAUGAAAUUAGCUGGUCCAAAGGCUUACUUCAUGCACUGUUUGCCAGCUGAGAGAGGAGUCGAAGUUACUGAUGCGGUCAUUGAAGCCCCCAACUCCAUUGUUUUCCCCCAAGCUGAAAACCGCAUGCAUGCACAAAAUGCAAUAAUGCUACAUGUUCUUGGCGUCUGAAAUCUCACAUUUUCUGAGCUUGCACUACACUAGUAAUCUAUUGCUUUUGGCAGUAUAGGUGUGGAAGUUGCACUUUAGAUCUUUUUGGCAUGUUUCUUGUGAAAGGGGGAUUGAAGACUUGCCGCUUUUAUUGUGUUAAAUUUUAUCAUUAAACCUUUUCUUCGAAUCCGCAUUGUAAAACUACCAUGACAUGAGAGGAGCAGAUCAUCAUAUAUUUAUCUUAUUUAUGUGGCUUUCCUCUG